UGUCAGUCUGAGUGCAGUGAACAACAUCGACGACCGGUUUGUUUGUUGAAUGAAGGAUGUUCAGCUGCAGGCAGUGUGGAACAUCAUUUUCUUCGCGGGCGAGUUACGUUACUCACCAGAAAGUCCACAUCAACAUUAACAACUACCGGUUCCCAUGCUUCGAACUAGGAUGCCAGGUUACGUUUUCGACAUACUCUGCGUUUUCCCAUCACUGCAAAAGAAGCCACACUGGCGAUAAACGUUGCGAGAAUGAUGAUAGCGUCUUUCCAUGCCGUGCUCCCUUCUGUGGUAUUCCCUGUAGCAGGCAAAAUGUCUCGUCGCAUCUGCGUGAACAUGUAUCAAAUGGACAAGAUGUUGUAUGCCCCUACCCAGAAUGCAAGGACAAACCCACCAUGAGAUCAAGGAAUGCAGUGUCAGUUCACAUGACCAGGUACCACGGCAAGAUUCGAUCUUUAAAUUCCAAACAGCAUGCCAUUGCCGAUGAUGAGGCUUCUACAUCUGUAUGCACUGAUGAUAGUGAGGAUGUUGAAUGUCAUUUAAAUCUAAGCACCUGUGAAGAUGUGCUUAUGGGCCGCAUGGAUGAUAGUGAAGGUUGUUCAAGUCGUAGCACAAGUGAAGGAAUGGUCACGGAGAUCAAAGAAGCUGAUUUGAUUGCGCGGCUGAUUUUGCAGGCAACCACAAAGCUACAUGUUCCGUCUACCACGAUGACCAAGGUACUAAGUGAUGUUGCAUCUAUUGUCGAGAUAAAAAUGGACGAGAUAAAGAGAAAAGUAAGCGAUCGGUUUGAAAAUAGCACCAGCAGUGAUUUACAUGGCGUAAAAGAAGCAGUUCUUUCGGAUUUGGAGCAAAGUCUGCCGUUUGCAUCGUGCAGAGAAAGUGGCGAGCUGUCAUCACAGCAUCUCCAAGCGAAAUAUUUUAAGGAGCAUUUCCAGUUCUUUGAACCAGUGGAAAUUUCUCUGAAGAGUGUGUGUCGUACUGAACAGGGAGUUAUUCAUUAUAUGCCAUUGACUCUGACAUUGCCCCGCCUGCUUCGUGAUGCCUCUGUGAUUGCACAGCUGAAGGACUUUAACGUCAGUAAUGAAGCCAGCGAAAGUUUUGCAGAUUUCACAGAUGGCAGUCUUUUCAAGGCCUCUGGUGCAUGCAGUUCCAAAAGCGAUCUACACCUAAUGUUCUACCAAGAUGCAUUUGAAGUCGUAAACCCCAUCGGAUCUGCAAAACAAAAACACAAAGUUUUGGGCGUCUACUUCACGCUUGGAAAUCUGAAGCAGCAUAACCGAUCAAAAGUGGACCAGCUCCAGCUUGCCCUCUUCUGUACUGAGAAAAAUCUGAAGAAAUUUGGCCAAGAGAAGGUGUUUGGACGACUGGUCACAGACCUAAAACAGCUUGUGGCUUCUGGUCUGACAAUUGGCAGCAUGCAUUACACGUUCAGUCUUUCCUCCAUUCUUGGAGACAAUCUCGGGUCCCAUCAGAUCGGCGGAUUUUUAGAAUCGUUCAGCUGUGAGUACUUCUGCAGAUUUUGUUUAGUAACCAGAGAGGAGUUCCACAGCUGUCCGACCACAUGUGGUGAAAGCCGUACAGAAGAAAACUACACUGAGUGUGUCAGUCACUUGGCAAACGAGGGGUCAACAAACCACAAAGGCAUCAAGUUGAAUUCUAUUUUCAACACGAUACCAGGAUACCACGUUUGCCGUGGUCUCCCACCGUGCCUUGGCCAUGACGUCUUUGAAGGAGUUGUCAGCUACGACACCUCUCUUUUCCUGAGGUACUUCCAAAGCAAAGGAUGGUUUUCGGUGCGACUGCUGAAUUCUCGACUGGAGAAACUGCGCUUACUAGGACACGAUGGAGCUGACAAGCCUCCAGCGCUUAAAGAAGGGCUCAAAACACUUGGAGGUCAUGCUGCGCAAAAUUGGGCUUUGUUGAGGUUCUUGCCUCUUCUUCUGGCAGAUGCCGUUGUCCCCACAGAUGCCGUAUGGAAGCUUUUCUUGCUCCUUCGUGACAUCGUUAAUCUUGUUUCUGCACGCAAGAUUUCACUGACCCAGAUCCUUUACUUGAAGGAGCUGAUUGAGCUCUAUCUUGAGCUUAUUACAGAACUGUUUCCGACUUAUACGCUAAAACCAAAACACCACUUCUUGUUGCACUAUCCAGAAUUAAUCCUUAAAUAUGGCCCCCUAAUCUGGCUUUGGACAAUGAGAUUUGAAUCGAAACACUCAUACUCGAAGAAGGUCGCCAGAGUGUCAAACAACUUUGUCAACUUAACGUUAACAUUGGCCAGGAAGCAUGAGCUGCUACAAUGCUACCUUUCAACAGGGACCAUGUUUCCUCCAGAAGUCAUUGUCACAUCGAAUAGUGCUUCAGAAAAACAAUCAUUCCCCGAGAAGUACGUGCAGUUAUGUAGGGCUACGCUCUGUCAACCCUUUGAGCUGUUCAGAGCAGUGCAAUUUCGUGGUACAAGUUAUAUUGCUGGAUAUUACGUCGCCUGGAGAAGAGAGGAAAGCACUGUGAUAUUUGCAAGACUAGAGGCUGCAGCCCUCUGUGAAGAUACUUCGUUGUUUUUGAUAAUUUCUGAGGCACACUCAAGUUACCUGGAUGAUCUGGGGAUUUAUGCAGUUGAGGGCAUUGCGGACACUACUCCAGUACAGUGCGUCAACAUCACUGAUAUCGUAGAUUACUACCCACUUCCUUUGUACAGCUGUCUUAACCGCAAAGUUCUCGUACUGAAGCACAGCAUCUUUGAUGACUACUCGACUACUGCUCUCAUGCUACAAUGAAAUCUACGGCAUGAGCGAGCUCCCACAUAAUAUCAUAAGCAGACUGAAGGAGGUCCUGCCAGGACUUUCUGAGGAGAAG